GGGAAGAUGACGGGAUUAGCAUAUGAAUAUGAGACGAGGCAAUGCAACGCGUGUCAGUAGAUGCGUCGUGUCCCUGCCCACAUAACUGCGUUCCUCCAACAACUUAACCCGUCUCCACGCCGACGCUGCUACCCUGUUCCGCCAGUCCAGAGAGCCAAUGAUGAGUUACUACAUAGAUCCAGUUUCUCCCUACCCGGCCCUUCACCCCUGUGACCGUCUGGGCGCAAUGAAGCAGAGUGGAGGUGCAGCAGUUGGACCCCAGACCCAGCUCCCUGGAGUGGUCCACCCUCAGCAACAGUACUGUCCAUCUCAGCCUCUCCAUCCCCAGGACAUACCCCUGCAGGAGGUGCCCAAUGGACAUGACCUCAGCCCAACAGAUCUGGAGUGCGGAGAUGUACCCCUGCUCACUCCGGGAAGUAAAGAAAUGAUGUCCCAGGCCCUGAAGGCCACCUUCAGCGGCUUCACAAAGGAGCAGCAGCGGCUUGGUAUUCCAAAAGACCCCAGGCAGUGGACAGAAAACCAUGUGGCUGAGUGGCUAAUGUGGACCGUGAAUGAGUUCAGCCUGAAGAACGUGGACUUCCACAAGUUCCGUAUGAAUGGGGCCAGUUUGUGUGCACUGGGGAAGGAACGCUUCUUGGAUUUAGCACCUGACUUUGUGGGUGACAUUCUCUGGGAACAUUUAGAGAUGCUUCAGAAAGAAGACACGAAGCAUUUCCCCAUCAACGGACUAACCUCCAACUUCCAGGAAUCCCGUUAUACCUCAGACUACUUUGUCAGCUAUGGCAUUGAGCAUGCCCAGUGUGUGCCCCCAUCUGAAUACUCAGAGCCUGGCUUCAUCACAGAGUCUUAUCAGACACUUCACCCAAUCAGCUCAGAGGACCUGCUGUCGCUCAAGUAUGAGAAUGAAUACCCUAACGUUAUUCUACGGGACGCACCCCUAAAUCCUCUGCAAGGGGACUACUUCUCUGUUAAGCAGGAGGUGGUGUCCCCUGACAACAUGUGUGUGGGACGCAUCAGCAGAGGUAAGCUUGGUGGCCAGGACUCCUUUGAGAGCAUUGAGAGUUUUGAGAGCUGUGACCGACUGACCCAGUCAUGGAGCAGCCAGUCCUCAUUCAACAGCCUGCAGCGGGUACCCUCAUAUGACAGCUUUGAAUCCGAGGAGUACUCUACUGCCCUGCAUGGGCACAAACCCAAGGGCACCUUCAAAGACUACGUUAGGGAGCGCUCGGACCUCAGCAAGGACAAACCCGUCAUUCCUGCUGCUGCACUUGCAGGAUACACAGGCAGCGGCCCCAUCCAGCUCUGGCAGUUCCUUUUGGAGCUCCUGACUGACAAGUCCUGCCAGUCCUUCAUCAGCUGGACAGGCGACGGUUGGGAGUUCAAGCUUUCUGACCCAGAUGAGGUUGCUCGAAGGUGGGGAAAAAGGAAAAACAAGCCCAAGAUGAACUAUGAGAAGCUGAGCCGUGGCCUGCGCUACUACUAUGACAAGAACAUCAUUCAUAAGACGUCAGGGAAACGCUACGUCUACCGCUUUGUCUGUGACUUAAAAAGCCUGCUGGGGUACACCCCCGAGGAGCUGCACACCAUGCUGGACGUUAAGCCUGAUACAGAUGAGUGAAAACGGAGAGCUGAGAGAAAGGAAGUGGAGAGUGAAGGAGUUGUGGGGACUGGGGGCUCAUAAAGUGGUCUUAACUGUCUGGUAGAAUGGGUAACCGUUUUUUUUUUUUUUUUGGUGACCAAAAUGUUUCUAACCACUUACUGUGGUCUUUGUAAUUUUCAAGCUCUCAUCCAUCAGACAGCGUUUUAAAAGGAAGCACAUGCCAUAAGUGCAAAUUCAUACUCUGUUCUCUGUUGCAUUGGAGGUGUGUGUGUGUGUGUGUGUGUGUGUGUGUGUGUGUGUGUGUGUGUGUGUGUGUGUGUGUGUGUGUGUGUGUGUGUGUGUGUGUGUGUGUGUGUGUGUGUGUGUGUGUGUGUGGAGUGAGUGUGUGUGUGUGGGAGAGAGAGAGAAAGCGAGGGAGAGAGUGAUGGAGACAGUAUUGUGUGUGUUAUGUACAGGUAUUACUUUACAGCUUAAGGGAGCUGGAACGCGAUCUGGUAAAGUAGAGGUUCCAUGCUGCCCAAGUAGCGUAAGAAUCCAUGAGCAUGGGGGAAAAGAGUGUAAGAGAGGAGGAAGACGGGAGGAAGAGAGCGCAAAAGAACGAUUCCUAGUUGGGUGAACAGAGCAUGGGUGGAAAGUUCCUGCUAUGAAAACUGUUGCCAUGAUUAAAAAUGGAACCAAGGAGAAAAUAAUGUCACAUUUACAUGCUCACUGUUUCUCUGCCUCGCUGCACACCAUAGACAAAGGCAGAGUUCACAGCUUGGACCAAAAAAUGUCUUUUUUUUUUUUUAAUCGAUUGUUUGAGAAGCAUAUGUUCAUACGCUUGCAGCAGUAUUAUUUUUGUUAAGAACUCCCAGUGAAAGCAUAUCAAGCAUACAUUGGAAAGUUCAACUGUUUUUUUUUGUCAAUGAAGGUAUUACGGUGAAACUAAAUGUCAAGAUGCUUUUCGGUUUUUCUUUCUCCCCUCUGUUCAGAGACCAGUAACUGAAAUGUGCUGAUUUCUUUAUCAGACAACACUAUAGGCAAUUUCCAUAUAUUAGGGUUUAAGUGCCUGCCACUUGCUCAUACCGAGAAUGUCUGAAAGACAGACAACUGAAAGUAACCGUUGCUUUUGAAACCGACAUGUUUCACCUUAGCAUAGCGCUGCCAUCUCGUUGGAGAAAAUGUCUUGUUACUAUAAUGUUGGCUUUUGUGUAUAGAGUGCUUACCAGAAAGUAAAAGCAAACUAUUGACAAUCUCUAUAGUUAACAUUUUGAGUGUUUGACCAUGAGUUGCCUGAUAUACAGACCAGUGAGCACAAUUUAUUGCAUAGAUCAUUUCUAGACACUUUUAGCAUUGGUUUCGAACACACUUCAUUGGAGUGUUUUGUUAUCCAUUAAUCACUUCAAAGAGGAACGCAGUAGAGUAGUUGAGGGAAAUGACUUUAUGAAUGCCUAAGAAUGUUUUUAGAGGUUUUUUUUGUCAUUUUGUCAUGCAGGGCAUUUAUUUGUUGGAAGCUAAAGAGGUACAGUUUAGAGGAAUGGGGAAGGAAUAAAGAUAAGCUGAAGGUGGAUGGAAAGCUGUAUAAGAUGGGUUAUAUUAAAAAAAAACAAGUAUGACAUGGAUACUGAAGGUGAACGGUUACUGGCAGAGGAAAAUAGAAAGCAUGCAGCUGUAGUUCUAUUGGAUUUCUCAGCACUUGAAGGUUUGCAUUAUGUGGCUUGUAUGUGGAGGGCUUAUGUGCCACUGCGAUCGGUGAUUUUUGCAACAUUCAGCAGCAGCAUUAUCACAAAUGGUAAGGUAUACAGGACUUGUGGUCGAUAUCUGUAUUUACUUCUUAAAUAUGUGCAUUUCUUAUUCUUAUACAAAGAUAGUACUCGUCUCACUGAGUAAUGGGUAACAGAAUCUUUUGUAUGAUUCAAUUUUUUUUUAACCCCACUGGUUUCAAUUUGAGCAAAAUGACAACAUUUUCCUCCUAAGUUAUCAGUGGGAACAGUGGCUGUACACUGGUCUUAUGGGAAAAGCCAAAGUCAAGAAAUAUCUUCAUAAAAUACAAAUGUUAUUGUUUACAGUGGCUGAAUGUUACCCAUAAAAAUGAGAAUAGCUUUCCAAAUGUCUAUUUAUACAGAUUGUAUUUCAUAAUGCUUUAUUGAAAUCCAAACUAAACAAAUAAGCAAGAGACAAAGCAGGAAAAAUAACCAAAAAAUCCUGUGAGGUCGUCAGCCACGGUUGCUUUGAGUGCCGUCCACAACGUUGGAAGACAGACCAGAUUCUCUCACAGUGGUUUUCAAAAAGUGUUGAUUUUCAUCAUGGGUUUGAUGGAUGGGACUCAUGCAGCUUUAGGGCGGAUGAGAAUGCAUUGCUUGUCUGUUUCUCAUCUGUAGAAAAUAGAUAAUGUACACGUUUUUAUAUAUUUUUUUUAAUGGGCAAUAAGCUUGGUCAUCUACCAUAGUACUAACAAGCAGGCAACCAUCCUGGUCCUCCUACACACCCAUCCUAGUCCUCCUACACAGGGAACUGAAGACACUUCAACAGCUCAACGACCCAUUCUGUCUGAACCAGCUGUUGGAUGCAUUCACAUGUUGAACUCAAAAACGCUGUUUGUUUGAUUGUUUGUUUGUGUUUUUUUUGUAACAUUCAGGUGUUUAUUUUCAAAUGUCAGACAAUGUUUUACAGUAGAGCAGACUUCAUAUGUAUUCAAACAUAUUCUUCAUGGUUUGUCGUUGCUGAUCCUGCCGGGAAGCCACUUCCUGUUGUCCUAAGGUCAGAAUGUUAAUACUGUGGGCUCAGUGUGCUGAAAGUGGACCAUCUAUAGCCUGUAUUGAUAAGAAAUUUGAAAGUGAAUUCUGCGUAAUUGUUAAGAUAAAAUCCUGUUGAUAAAUGUAAUAGAUUACAGUAAACAGUUAAUUGCACAGGUCUUACUAGUGAACCUUACUUGGACAAAUAUAUACAUACCAAUACUUUGUGACAUAUGCAUUUCUCAGAAUGGACACAGUAGGAAAACUUUUUUUUUUUUGGAUGUUGUUUUUUUGUAUAUUUUAUAGUGUCUCUGUAUUUUUGUUAUUGAGAUCAUUUCUAAUGUAUUUAGUUCACAAACAUUUGAAUAUUUUUCAAUAAUUUAUAUUUUAUAAAAGACAGAUGCAGACAGCUGGUGCUUUCAUGGGAAACUGAAAAGGUAGCGCAGGGCAACAAAAUGUAGCGGUUUUUUUUUUGUUUUGUUUGUUUUUUUCUUUGUUUUCUUUUUUUUAUAUACAGAAAAUAGACCUGUCUGCUAGAGAAAAAAGGCUGAUGCUGGCCCAUCAAUGAUUUCUGCUGGAAAGUUUUAUAAACUGUAGCUUCUAUUUCUAAAAAUGUACUUAUUGUACUUCAAAAUGUUAUGUCAUAAAAUAUAUGUGAACAAA